AUGGAUGAGCUCCUGGAAGCCCAUCUGAACGACGAUGCAGUGCGUGAGGACGUCGCAGAGCUGAUUGAGAGUCCGCUCGGGAGGGCCAUUGGUAGGGAGAUGGAUCCACCGCUUCAAAAUACGGUGUCCAGGACAUGCAACUUUCGAGAAAACGAGGGUGGUGAGGAGUGGGGACCUCAGGAGUCUUUUGAAGGCCUCGGUCAAAAGUAUGUGUUCCCAGGUAUCGGGGGGUCGAACGUCCAAAAUACAGAUGCAGUCGGCGCACGAGCCGGACGGUGGAAAAGAGAUAUCGUUGGCAAGAUGGGAGAAAGGCCUUGCAACCUCCGUCUCUGGGGGGAACUUCAUGUCCUUCCACAUGGCACAUAUGCGUAUUGGACAUCCACGAACGUAGCGCAGCGCGUGAAGUUGCCAAUGGCAUGGGAACCACCCCGAAUUCUCCCAAUCGAUGAUCCCACUAAGCCUCCCAUUGUGAACAAGGAUGUUCUGCCACCGCAAAUUACGGUGGACCCAUACGAUGCGGUCGGCCUCGACUGUAUUUUUAUUGCAAACGAUCGAAUCGAAGAGACGUGGGAUUGGGAGGUCAAGGCCGCUGGCAUUGAGGAAGCGCAGGGCAUCUGCCUCAAGCGUUCUUCAGUCUUGAUGAGCAGGGGAAUACCAAACCGAAAAAGGCGAAUGCGAGGAUGGUUGGAGGGGCCACGAUGCCAAGCUCAGCAUCUGUAUCUCGCACUCCGUCGAAUUGCAAGGAUACAAGUAAGGCAGUGGAAGUACCUUAUGCCCAGUAUUAAUGGUGAUAUGGUGAAUUACUUUGGAGGUCGUGGUACAAUGCGUGAGGAUAUCACAGAGCUGGUUCAAGAUUUGUUCAGUGGGAUUAUUCCUGGGUACCACGUCCCUGAACCCGCCCACCUUCGUCGCGCCUGA